AUGCUCAAAGGUGACUGGCGUAAAACAGUCGCUGCUGCGACGUGUGGACCUGCUGCACUUCUGAUAUGCAAUGUUGUCCUGAUGGUCAUUGCACUUACCAAGUACGAAAGCCACGAAGGGAUCGGGACUCUCUACACUGGAGAUUGUGAUUUGGUCAAGCAUUGGGACACUGGACUUCAUGUUCUGAUUAAUGUGCUUUCGACUACUCUCCUGGCGGCGAGCAAUUUCACCAUGCAAUGUCUAAGGUCGCCCACACGGACCGAGGUCGAUUAUGCCCAUGCUAGAGGCCGAUCGCUUGCUAUUGGGGUCCCGAGUAUUCGCAAUUUGGCGUACAUGAAGCGUAGGAAAGCAUUAUUGUGGGCUGCGCUGGCCUUCAGUAGCCUGCCGCUACACCUACUGUGGAAUACCGCUGUCUUCACUACAUUGGGAGCACACAAUUUUUGCUACAUAGUUGUCGACGAAAGCUUUUUCGAAGGUGCUGAAUAUCAGGAACCCAAUUCAGAUGUCAGUUGUUGGGGACGUCCAAUGACACCGUUUGCCUCCAUUUUCGAUGCCUUUCAGUAA